ACGCACAUUCUCAGAAUUUUGUCCAGCGAUUCUUACUCCCGCCUCGCGGUCACAUAAACUCCUAUGAUUCCAAGCGGCACUUCGUGGGACUGACUACGAUGGGGCCGAAGAAGAGACGCAGCGGAAGAAGCGAGUAGAAUCGGUGGGAAUCUAAUCCAACGUUAGAACAUCGUCAAAACGUUGGUUCGCAUCAGUCGUGGAAGUCGUCCCGCAGACGGUUCGAACUAUGCGGCUGUGUCUCAUCGUCCUGAUUUUCCUCGCGAGCACGGCACUCGCGAGGUACCACGAAAAGACGCGUUUCGAUCGAUCUGUACACGAGUAUGAGAUGAGAAACGUAGAUUACAAUAAUGAAGAGAAACAAUGGUCUUUUAAUGAUGAUGUAACGCAAUUCGUUGCAUACAAGAGCAGGCAGGAAAACGAUUGUUAUCUUGAAGAUGUAAGACAGGGUCAUAAUAUUAUUUCACGUAAGGAGCUACAAUUCAAGAUACUCUAUGCAUCGGCAGUCCUCACGAAACUAGAGGCUUGGCGACUUGCUGGAGGUCGAAUCGUUGAUUUCUGUAAUAGACGCAAUAUCCUUUUAUUACAAACAAUGAGACCUGUGCCUGGGCAAGCUCUCGAUCCCUUUUUCAAUGAAAUUUCUACAGACAAAAACGAUAUUUCGUUCAAACGCACAGCUGAUAUGAUUUUAAUACCGUUGAAAGCUCGGACAAAACGACAGAUUCAACUCGAACAACGAGAGAAGUUGAACAAAAAUAUCAAUCGAAUUCGAAAACGUCGGCAGACGAAUCAGUUUCGAGGAAAGUUUCGUGGACAGACGCAGUCUCAAUAUUUGAAUUUUGGUAACGAUGAGAAAAAAGAGGGCAAGGCCGAAGCUGAAGCUACUCAGCAAUCUUCACACGCAGUAGUUAGUGGUAGUCGUGGAAUGGGUCAAGCGCAAAGUAUGUCAUCAGGUGGUACCGGUUGCGAAGAUUGUCACGGAUAUCCUGGAUAUCUUGGAUAUCCUGGCAUCGAAAGAACACCGGAUAAGGUACGAGUUCCACCUGCGCGUACUAACGGAUAUGUGCAAGUUCCAGGUGCUGGUACACCUGGUAUUGCACAGCCAGGAGUUGUUCCUGGGAUCCCAUCUUAUUCUAACGGACAGAUAACAUAUCCAACUGGAGUAGUUCCUGGGGGAAUUAGCACUUAUCCUGAUAUUCGCCCUGGCAGACCAGAAAUAUAUCCCGGAGGUGUUCGUCCUGGCACUGUCAUACCAGAAGCUGAAAGAAUAUAUCCUGGAGGCGUUCGUCCUGGAACAGUGACACCAGGAACUGAAGAGAUAUAUCCUGGAGGUGUCCGUCCUGGUAUUGUGAUACCAAGAGUUGAGAGGCCGUAUCCUGUAGAUGUUCGUCCAGGAACUGAUGGGAUGUAUCCUGAAAGUGUUCGUCCUGGGAGUAUAACACCAGAAGUUGAUAGGACAUAUCCUGGUGUUCAACCACCUGGAACUAUAAUACCAGGAAGUGAUAGAACAUAUCCACCUGGAACUUUAAUCACAGGAGAUCGUGGAUUAUAUUCUGGAGGUGUCCGUGGAGGAGUUUUACCUGGUGUGCCGGUAGGAGUUGAAAAAUAUCCGGGAGGUAUUCAACCUGGAGUUCAACCAGGACAAAGUGUGUAUCCUCCUAGUGGUAUUGUAACCACUUCAGUAACAACAGGUGCCACUGCUGUUACUGGUGUUGGAACUUAUCCAAUUAGUACUCCAGGAUUAACAAGUGGAUUAAUAUAUCCGGGAGUUCCUGGUACAGAAGUUCCUGGUACAAGAGUAAUUCCUGGCACAGGAGUAAUUCCUGGUACAGGAAUAAUUCCUGGCACAGGAGUAAUUCCUGGCACAGGAGUAAUUCGUGGCACAGGAGUAAUUCCUGGUACAGGAGUAAUUCCUGGCACAGGAGUGCCUGGUACUGGAGUUCCUGGUACUGGAGUUCCUGGUACUGGAGUGCCUGAUACUGGAGUUCCUGGUACUGGAGUUCCUGGUACUGGAGUUCCUGGUAUUGGAAUUCCUGGUACUGGAGUUCCUGGUACUGGAGUUCCUGGUACUGGAGUUCCUGGUACUGGAGUCUUUCCUGGUGGUGUUCGACCUGAUGCUAUCCCAAGAACAAGUGUCGGGACAUAUCCUGGUAGUGUUGUACCAGGAACAGUAAUUCAAGGAGUUUAUCCUGGACAGCAGACUGUUGUGUACCGCCCUGAAGGUGUUCCAUCAGGCACUUUACCAAGCGGAGGUCAAGUUCCUAGUACAAUUACGACUACAACAUCUGGUGCUGGUACACAAGUAAUAACUUAUCCAGAUGGUCGACCAACAAAUGGUCAAACGGUUUAUCCUGGUGAUACUAUUCAACCUGGAAGGAUUCCUGAAGGUACUCAAGUUGUGUAUCCAGGUGUUACAUAUCCAGGAACUAUUCCAGGUACAUAUCCUGGCGGUGCACAAAUUCCUUCUGCCGGUGAUACUUUAUAUCCUGGCCAAGUAAUCCAUCCAGGUGGUCAAGUGCCAACUUAUCCAAACGGACAAUACCCAGGCACGGGUAUUGGAAUUCCAGGAAAGGAAGGAGUUCAGUAUCCAACUUAUUCAAGCGGACAGUACCCAGGUACAGGUAUUGGAAUUCCAGGAAAGGAAGGAGUUCAGUAUCCAAUAGGCAUAACAGGAGGUCAAAUACCUGGAAGGAUUGAUGUGACUGAGCAGUAUCUUGGUAGAUUUCCAGGCGGAAUCAGUCAAAGAGUAGACAGUAGUCAGUAUCCAGGAGAAUUUUAUCCGGGAAUGGUUGGACCUGCAGGUAUAGAAGAAACUGGGGGCUUAACUAAACCGGCAGGUCCAGCAGGUGUGACAGACGACGGUACCGAAUCACAAGCAUCGAGUUCCGUGCAGCAGGUGGAUUCGGGUACUCAAGCGAGCGCUUCGGCUCAAGGUAAAUACGAAUCGGGUACAGCUCAGUCGCAAGUGACAGGUACCUAUAGUGGUUCAGGCACCUUCUCUGCUCAAGCUGGUACUAGCGACGCCAACAAGAGCGCUCAGGCUGAGAUCAGUGGCGGUAAAGAAGGAGCUACUAGCAAUGCACAAGGCGUCGCCGGUUAUGGAAAAAGUCAAACACAGGUUCAAUUAGAUUCCGACUCCGGAGCUACUUCAACAGGUGCUCAGAGCAGUGGAUGGAACCAUGGUACCAAUUCGCAAGUGCAAGCAAGCUCCAAGGGCGGAAUGGCGGAUGCUCAAGCUAACGGCGAAGGCAAUACUUCCAGUCAGGCGCAGAUCGGGUUCCAGCCAUACUUGAAGAGCGAAGAUGAGAAUGUGGAAAACCACGAGACGCCAUUUCGCGGUAGCGGAACAGCAUCGGCUCAAAGUGGCACUCAUCGAGGUCAGUCCCAAUCGCAGCUACAAGGUUCUUUUCAAUACGGGAUCACAUACACCGGCGCAGCACAAGCCGGUUCUGGAUCUGGUGCCGCAUCCUCGAGGAAGCCCUUUAACUUCACUGAAACUUCCGAACUUUUCAAGUCCUUCAAAUCAGCUCCUUCUUUGAAGCGACCAACGAAUAUUGACAGUGUACAGUCGAGUCCGUCGACAAAUUCGAAUUAUGAUAACAGGCAGGAUGAAAAUAAGCAAAAUCGCGAGCAAGGCUUACAAAGCAGCUCGACUUCGAGACAAACUGUUAUUCUGGCUUCGAAAAACAAUCCGGUCGACGCUGACAAGAAGGUGCUCUCUACCGAAAAACCGCGAACGGAUGACACAGCGUACGACGAAUACGACGAUGACUACACAGACGAAGAUGAUUAUCCUAUGGGUUCGAAAUUAACAAUCAAAGAGAAGUUUUCGGAAACUUUCCCGGGCUCGAACCCAAGUCAUCAAAAACUUGACAAGACCAUUCAGCAGCAAAGUCGCAGUCAGACGCAGACAAUACAGGUCGCUAAAGGGAAUCAAUAUAACAUCCACGUUAAACAAGAUUCAAACGUACCGCGAACGGAUGGUACUCUACAACCAGGACAAUCCAUAUCAGGAUACACCAUCCCACCUGGAUUCCGCGGCCGAAUAAUGUCGGCCUCUGGCACUGAGACUGUUGCUCAGGGUGACGGUAAAUCUCAAUCGCAGACUGUAUCUUUAGCACCUAAGGACUUAAAUAAUACUAGAUCACCGCUCGUCACAGAGACCAGAUCGCUUCAGACCAAUCAUAAUCGUUAUAUUGGCCGGCAUAUAUCGAAAAAUCAAGAGCCUUCCUUUAAUCAAAAUAUAUCUUUCGAUAAGCGUACGAAACCUACUCCGGCAGUAGCGACGAAGCCGAGUUACUACACCGUGACCAACAGUUUCGCUGGCAAAAUGAACGGCAGCAACGAACCAAGAAAGUACGAACAUCGAUAUUAUACUAAGAGUUCCACCUGUGGAUACUUCACGUUUUCUUGUAAUGUUGUGUACGGUUCCAACGGUAGGACGAAGAUCUGCAAGCCAAAAGUGCCGACGUAUCCCGAUGGCACGCCUAUAAGAUGUUAAAUUAUCAGAAUAUAUAUAUAGGAUGCAGUAACAAUUAUUUCUGCAUCCUGCAUUAAAUCAUUUUUCUCUACAUUGUAUAGUACAGUGAAAUUUGAAACUCGCUUAGAUAGAUUAGAUUGUACUUGCCUAAUUGCGCCAAUGUAGCUCAUUCCAUCAUAAAUUCGAAUGAGAUACAUUCCCUCUCCAGCUUUAACAAGUAGACCAUAAAUAUAAAAAUAAAACGAAUAUGGACAGAAAGCUUUCGUUCUUAAGGAUUAGCAAAUGAAGACUAAGACUUCGGGAAAUCCACAGGAUUGAAAGUUACGCCACAAAUGUGUACUUCAAUGCUGUAAUUUUUUUAUUGAGGUACUUCCAAAUUAUUGACUGUAUAGUAUGAUGGACGUAUUGUUACAUCAAAUCGGUGCUAUUUAUUAAGUUUUCAAUAAAAUACAUUUUAACUAGAAGGAAAAUCUUUUCUUAUCUUCUUCUCAUCAGUUAUGAAAUAUAAUUAACAAUCUUCUCAAUUUGACGUAAGUUGUAUUGUAUGAAAGUUCGUUUAAUUUUUACCUACAAUGACAUAUAUUUGCGACACGGCGAACUCGCAAAUACAUAUGUAGAUAGAGUAUUGCUUCGACUUAUGCUAUAUAUUUUCGAUAUUGACGUAAAAUGUUCAGUUAUAAAUGUCAGGUAUCAUAUCUUGUACAUACUGUAUCUCGCUACUCGAUUUCACCAAUCUUUUUCAAGACGAAAAAUACAUGACGAAACAUGUGUUUCAUUACAUAUAUAUUUUUCAUUUUAUAUAUA